ACUCACUCACCAGCUACCAAUCCACACCUUGCCUUGUCCGCCAACAAUAUGAAACUCUCUUCAGUAGUCGCGACCUUCGUGGUCGCCACCCUUAUUGGCGUCUCCUACGCUCAAGUUCAAGUCCUCGACGUUGACGAAAUUCUCGGCGCCCAAGGCGUAUUUAACGGUCUGAAAGUACCAUUCGUUUCUUUCGGUGCGUUUGACGCCGCGGUGUCACAAGCAGUCUCCAAAUUCAGCUCCGUUCUCCAACUCGGCGCCUUGGAUGCUGCUUAUGCAAAUUUUGCCUCAAAAUUCGGCAAAAGUGGGGGCGAAGGGACCAAGAAUAUUUUCAAGACGAACAUCCUUGAGAUUUUCGGGCACAACUUGAAUGCAAAGGAAGGUCGAAAAACUUUCACGAUGGGAGUCAAUAAAUUUUCCGAUUUGACUCUUGACCAAGUGAAGGCCAAAUUCACUGGUGCCCAAGUCCCAAACAUCACUAGGCGAGAUCUUUUUGAAGAGGCCACCCCAGUAAAAUUGCCCUUAAUGAUGAACCGCCGACAAACCCGUGCCGCACCUGCUAGUAAAGAUUGGCGUGAUUAUGGAAUUGUGACCAAAGUUAAAAAUCAAGGUGGAUGUGGUUCAUGUACAGAUUUCGCAAACUCUGGUGCUCUCGAAUCUGCCAUGGCUCUUUACAAGGGAACAAACAAUCUCGACCUCUCCGAGCAAGAACUUGUCGACUGUCCUGCCAAUGUGGGCCGCUGCAACGGAAACAAUCCCGACCAGAUCUUUGAGUAUCAGAAAGCUGAAGGUCAAGUUUCUGAGGCGUCAUACCCAUAUGAGGCUAAAGUUGGGUCUUGUCGAAACGGAGGAAAAACUAAGCUCGCAAAGGUCUCCAACUUUUACAGGAUGGGACAAAAGGAUGAGAACACGAUGAAAGAAUGGCUCGCAACCUAUGGUCCACUUACGGCCAUAAUUGAGGUGAACAAUGACUUUUACAAGUACAAGAGUGGUGUCUUCACCUCUCCCUGCAGCAAAAAUAGCUAUGACCACGCAGUUAUGAUUGUCGGGUAUGGUUCCGAAGGCGGAAAUGACUAUUGGAUCGUCAAAAAUAGUUGGGCCGAUAAUUGGGGAGACAAAGGAUACAUCAAGAUGCUAAGAAAUAAAAGUUUCUGCAUGAUUGACAUGUACCCGAUUUUAGCUCAGGCAUAAUAAGCAUGCGAAAGGGAAUAUUAACUAAUAAAACUGGUCUGGAAAUGAUUAAUUAAGAAAUUAUA